GGGUGACAAUGCAACGUUCUGUACAUACCAGAAGGUAUGAGUUUCCUCCAGUGCGCUACGGUACCGUACAGUAAGAACGAGCACAGACAGGGUGCGAUGCGCCAAUACAGGAUGCACAUCCACACGAGAAGAUUUGGGAGACACCACACCCAGCACAAACGACCAACGACUGCCAACAACCUAUCUGGGACCCUGUGGUGUUUGGGAGGAUCCUCUUGACAUCGCUGCGGAGAAUUUCGGAAACAAGCCAGCACGGCAUUGUACUUUUAAAAAAAGUCAAUCCUGCCAUCGGGAACAGCAUCAAAUUUGGCUCGUGGAUCGGAUUGAGCGUGGAAACGAAACAAGUCUCGGGGAUCAUUGUUUGUGCGAUAGAUACAGUUGCAAAGAUAGAGUCGAUACUCACGGUGCAUUCAUCCUAGACACAACAGGCACCGCUUGCUAUAUUGCGUUACGGAAGAAAGCACAGCAUAUCACGUCAUAGCACAGGAAGACAUCCGCAUCGCAUCGCAUCUCAUCCCAAACAAACCGAACGGUACCAAACCACGAACCUUCUCGUUCCGGACGACAUCAAUACGAACACCCGCUCUCGCCCUCGUUUUGCAGCCGUUGCAUCGAACGCCGCAACCACUCUCGAAAAAAAAAACACCAGCAUGUCCACGCCCGCAAUCGGUUCCUCCACCGUCCCAAAGCCCCCGCCCCAGGCCUCGGUUCCCUCGGCCCUCCAGGGCCAGCAGGAAGCCACCAAGCCGGACCAGGGCGGCGAAAGCGCCUCGAAGGAGUCGGCCCUCGGCGCCGGUGGUCCGGGAGCGAGCGGCGCAAACGCGGCCGACGGAAACGAGGCGGCACGGGUCCCCGUAACGGCGGUGGCCAUGAAGCUCCUGGACGUCCGCCUCAAGCCCUCCAGCGCGAUCCUGGGGAGCGUYCUCGGGGAGUUCACGGAGGCCUGCGUCCGGUCCAAGCUCCAGCAGAUCGUGGUGGCCCGGACGGGCGGCGUCCUCGAGCUCUACGGGAUCCACCACGGUGCCUCCGCGGGCGCGGGCGGAAGCGUCCUGCGGCUCGAGCAGAGGAUCGAGACRCGGUCGAUCCUCCGCGACCUGGCCUCGGUYCGCCUGGUCGGGGAAAAACGGGACGUCCUGGCCCUCAGCAGCGAUUCCGGCUGCCUGGGGCUGGUCGACUUUGACAAGACCCACGGCCGCGGCGACGGCAGCGGGGUGCUGGUGACGCCCCCCUUUGGGAAGACGGGCUGCCGCCGGUCGACCCCGGGGCAGCACCUGGCCACCGAUCCGAAGGGCCGGGCGAUCUGCAUCAGCGCCACCGAGAAGCGCAAGCUGGUCUACGUYCUCAACCAGCAGGGCGGCGGCGAGGGUGGCUCGGGUGGCUCCACGAUGGCCCUGGCGAGCCCCCUCGAGGCCCACCGUGCCCGGACCCUCUGCAUCGCCACCGUYGGUGUCGACAACGGCUACGACAACCCCCUCUUUGCCUGCCUCGAGGUGCAGUACCCGGAGGACGACGGAGACCGCCGCCACGCUGGGACCAAGCCGCCGCAAAAGCAGCUGGCCUACUACGAGCUCGACCUGGGACUGAACCACGUGAGCCGCAAGUGGGCGGUCGCCGUGGAUUCCACCGCCUACAGCCUCGCGGCCCUCCCCGGCUGCGCCGACGGGGGGCCGUCGGGGGUCCUGGUGGGGUCCGAGGAUACCGUCUCGUGGUACCACAAMCAGGGCGACGCGAGCGGAAACGGAAAGGCGGGGGCCGGCGUCUCGUGCCGGCUCCCAAAGCGGGCCUGGGACGCCUCCAAGCCCGACACAAAGAUGCUGGUGACCCAGCUGACGGUUCACAAGCAGAAACGAAACAAGUUCUUUGGGCUCUGCCAGACCGAGGUCGGGGACGUCUUCAAGAUCGACUUUGGACUGUCGGACGGCAGCGGCGACGAGGGGGAAGAMCCCAGGGUGGUCUCCCUCACCGUGGCCCUUCUGGACACCCUCCCGCCCUCCAAUGCCCUCAACGUUUCCAAGAAGGGACUCCUGUUUUGUCCGACCGAGUUUGGGGGAACGACCGACCACGGGCUGUACCAGUUCGAGCGCAUCGACCUSCCGGACGCCCCGACCGAAACCAGCCGCAGCGGCGGCGACGACGACCAAGCCACCACCGACGUGGCCACCUUUGUCCCCUCCCACAAGCUCAAAAACCUGAUCAAGAUCGACGGGCUGGACAACCUCAGCCCGACCACGGGUCUGCUGGUCGGGGAACUCACGGGCGGCCAGGAAGUCUCCCCGCAGAUCUACGCCCUCGGGGGAAGGGGCCCCACCGCCUGCCUGCGGACCCUCCGGCACGGUUGCAGCGUGACGGAGCUGGCGGUCUCGGAGCUCCCCGGGGUUCCCGGAGCCAUCUUCACGGUCGACGACCUGUCGUCCUCCACCGGCGAAGAAACGCACACCCGCCCCUCCAAGUACAUCGUGGUGUCCUUUGCCGACGCCACCCUCGUCCUCAGCGUCGGGGACACGGUGGAGGAGGUCGGCCGGGAGUCCGGUUUCACCACCAACUCCCCCACRCUCGCCUGCACGGCCCUCAAGGACGGUUCCUGCUGCCAGAUCCACACCCAGGGCGUCCGUCACAUCCAGUCCGGCAAGGCCCUGGAGUGGCACGUUCCCGGUCUCAACAAGGUCGAGUGUGCCUCGGCAAACCAGACCCAGGUCAUGGUYGCGCUGGCCGGUGGGGAGAUUAUCUAUUUCGAGCUCGAUUCCCAGAACGGAAAGCUCGCGCAGGGCCCAAARCGCCGCAUGAAGGCCGACGUCUGCUGCCUCGACGUCGGCGUCGUGGAAGCCGGGAGGGAGCGGUCCCUCUUUUGCGCGAUCGGGUGCCGUGACUCCACCGUACAGAUCGUUAGCCUCGAGCCCGGCCCGGACAAGCUGCUGACGGUCCUCGGCCUGACGACGCUACAGAGCCGGCCCAACAGCGUCCGGCUGCUCCCCUCGCUGGAGAAGGGCGGCGACCUGGUGCUGAUGGUCGGCCUGGACGACGGGUCCUCCCUGCGGGCCACCGUCGAUCCGAUCACGGGGGCGAUCGGGACCAGCCCCACCCGGCGGUUUCUGGGGGCYCGGCCCGUCUCGGUGGCGCGGAUCCCRAUCGACGGGAAGGAUUCCCUSCUGCUCCUCUCGAGCCGGCCGUGGAUCUCGCGGGCGGUCUCCUCCUCGCCGGGGAGCACCUCGGGAACCGGAAAGCACGCCAUGGCCCCCCUCUCCUACACCCCGCUGGACCACGGCUGCGCCUUUUCCAGCGAGGCGGUCCCGGAGGGGGUGGUGGCGACGUCCGGAAAGACGCUGAGGAUCCUUUCGAUCGAUGCCUMGGGGCUGGACGGAAACGACGACGAGGCCUUUCACGCCAACAAGGUCUCCCUCCGGUACACGCCACGRCAGAUGACGCUGCUGUCCACAACGACGGCGACGACCGCGGCACCAUCGACGGAGCAGCAGCGCAAGGUGGUCCUGGCGGUGGUCGAGAGCGAUUACAACGACUACGGCCUCGAGGAGAAGACAUCGAUGGGCUUCGAUCCGACCGGUAAAAAGUCUUCCAAGUCGCAGGGCGGCGACGGCACCGAGGCAGCCAAAAAGGGAGGCGACGACGACGAUGCCAUGGACAUGGACGUCGACAGCGACGAGGAAGAGGAAAAGAAGCCCGAAGACCAAGACGGCAAAGACAAGGAGCAGGAGGAGGAGGAGGACGACGACGAAGACGAGGAAGACGACGACGAGGCGGCGGCCCGCGCGACUCCCGUCCGCGGGCCGAUUCCCCCCGGCGGGACCUCGUGGGGAUCCUGCGUCCGCCUGGUCGAUCCCUCCAACUCGUGCGAGAGCCUGGAUUGCGUCGAGAUGGGCCGGAACGAGGCGGCCCUGUGCUGCGCGUCGGUGCGCUUCCACACCCGCGGGGGGGAAUCCCUCCUGGCGGUGGGGACCGUGACGGGGAUGACGAUGCACCCGCUGAAGCAGGCCUCGAGCCACGUGAUCCUGUACCGGAUCGUCGACGGGGAACGGCUGCAGCUCCUGCACAAGACGACCAUGAACAGCGCGGAGGGAGACGGCCCGGUGCUGGCCAUGGCGCACUUUCAGGGCCGGUUGCUGGUGGGGAUCGGAAGGACGCUCCGCUUGUACGAGAUGGGGAAGCGGCAGCUGCUGCGAAAGUGCGAGCUGAAGGGCCUCCCRACCUUUGUCAAGACGCUCCAAACGGCGGGGGAUCGGUAGGUUGCUCGAACGCAGUUGGUAGAGGAAGCCGGUGUCUAGGCUCUUUUUCGGUCGUUCCUAACUAUAUCCAACCCAACCCAACCCAACCUCUUGUAUUGUAUUGCAUUGCAUUGUUUCUUUUGCUUCGUUUCGUUUCGUUUCCACAGGGCCUACCUCGGCGACAUGAUGCGGUCCCUGCACAUUGUCCGGUACGAGGCCCAGGCCAACCGGCUGGUGCUGGUYGCGAACGACCCGUCCCCCCGUCCGGUCGUCUGCCAGGAGCUCCUCGAUUUCGACACGGUCGCGGUCGGGGACAAGUUCGGGAACGUGAGCGUCCUCCGGCUCCCCCGGGGGACCGACACCGCCACCGUGGACCCCACGGGCGGCCAGCGGGCCCUCUGGGAGACCUCCACCAGGGCGGGGGCCCMWCRGGGGGGCAGCGGUGCUUCCMGGCUCGAGACGCUGUGCCAGUACCACGUCGGGGAGGUCGUGACGAGCCUGACCCGGUCGUCCCUGGUGGCGGGCGUGGAGGAGUCCCUGAUCUAUUCCACGGUGACCGGGCGGAUCGGGGCGCUGGUCCCCUUCCGGUCCCGGGAGGACGUCGAGUUCUACUCCCAGCUGGAGGAGCACCUCCGGUCGGAGGCCCCCMRGCCGACGGGCCGGGACCCGCAGGCCUACCGGUCGUACUAUGCGCCGGUGAUGCACGUGAUCGACGGCGAGCUGUGCGACUCCUUCCUCCACGCGCUGUCGCCGGAGAAGCAGGCGAGGAUCGCGGAGAAGCUGGACCGGACGGUGGGGGAGAUCAUGAAGAAGCUGGAGGACACCCGCAACUCUCUUCUCUAGUCGAGUCGAGUUCGUUGGUMGCGUCGGUGGCGCCGGUGGCCCGUUGCGUGCUUUGGCGAUCGAUCGAUCGGCAGGCACGGCACGACACGGCACGACACGGUUGCUACUGUUUAGUAUUAAAAACGAUUCUUAAAC